AUGCGGACCCGUUGUCCAGUCAUGCAAGGAGAGACUGAACAGCAUCAACUUCAAUUAAUUGCAAGUCUGUGUGGUAGUAUUGAACCGAGUGUUUGGCCCGAUGUUGAUUUAUUACCACUCUAUAAUAAAAUGAAGUUACUAGAAGGUGAGCGUCGAAAAGUUUAUGAUCGACUGAAACCUUAUAUUCAAGAGCCAUUAGCACUUAAUUUAAUCGAUCGAUUACUGAUACUUGAUCCAAAACAACGAAUCGAUGCUGACAAUGCGUUUGAUUCCGAUUUUUUUUAUUCUGAUCCACCCGUAGCCGAUUUGAAAGAGCUUUUAUCGAAAUAUCAUUCAAUGUUCGAUUUAAAACAAACAUCACGUAACUUAAAUCAUCAAAAAUCCAAAUUCUUGAACUUACCAUGUGAACCAAUUUAUUAG